AUGUCAAUGCAAUCGAUUUACAAAAGCGAGUCAGAGGGUGUGGACCUGGACAAUUUGUUAGAAGACUAUGUCGACACGGAUCUCCUACGCCCCUUCAACAACUCUUCAUCUGCUCACUCCAGCCCAGACGUGUUGGCGUGUCUCCUAGGGAUCGCUUCGUCGAAUGAGAGCGACUUGUUCGGGGCUGAAUCUAUACUCAAUCGGGAAACAAAGACUGCUUGGCACAAGCCUCUCCAGGAGUGUGACCAGAGCUUCGCCUCGCCAUGGUCCGAUUAUUCUGCCUCUCCCUCAUACUUUGCUUCUCCUUCUGCCACAGAGUCUUACAGCGACUCAGAGUCGUUGAACUAUCAAGGGUUUAUUGGAUCGGUCGGAGAACAGUUGCGGUCUAUGUCCCAGCCUUGCACACCGCGACCCUACACAUCCCGUCGGUCACUCGAGAAGGCUGUAGCCUUUCAGAACCAAAUGAAAUAUCGUGGCACCAGGAAAUCAUCAGAAACAUUGCCGACAAGGCCUUCCAGAACGAUGCAGGCCUCUCAUUCCCGCCCUUAUACUCCGGAUCUGUGGAACAACCAGACUACCCCGAUACACAUCGUUUCGAGAACUGCAUCUGAAGAACCCAGUUCGCUCGCUACACUAUCUGAGCUUACCGAGAACGAAAACAAAGACAGUCUUCUUGUCCAAGACUAUAGUCAGGUGCGCACUCUUGGUCACUCGUUACUUCCGACGAAUGACGAACAGUAUUUUUCUCACUACCAAUCAACCACUUCAGCCUCUUCAUCAAUGGAAGAGCCGAACAGAAAUGACCACGCUGGAAAUAUCGACCUUAGUUUCAGCUCUGCCAACACAUCUAGUGCAGUCAUCUCAGCCUUGUUGACGCCACCGGUAUCCCUUCCAUUAGCCAGCAAGCCAUGGGUUCCCGACACAACACCCACCCUAGACUUUGACUUCUCAGCGUCACCUGACCUGAUUGAUACCAGCAACACAGCUAGCUGGUGGAACGGCGAAUCUACUGCCACCACCUACUCCGCAACAAACACCCUGCACUUCAGCUCAAACACAGAACUCCAAGGCCUAGGCAUAACCUGCGAAUCCACCCCCUUCAACUACACCGCCCUCCCCACCCACAUCUUCCCCUCCUCUUUCACCCCCUCCCCAACCUCCCCACCCCACAGAUCCCACCCCCGCCUACGCACCCGCCCAAACACCUCGCGGCCCCGUUGCUCCAGAACCUCGUCUCCCCACCCCGCCACCUCCCGCACCACCACAAACAGGGGCUUUGUCAAUUUCACACCCGAAGAUAGCAGGAAAAUCCUAACUGGUGUGGCGCCGAGCGGAAGCAGCAAGACGAAGGCGAGGCGCGAGAGGGAGGCAGCGGAGCGGCGCAGGAAGUUGAGUCAGGCGGCUAUGAAGGCGGUGUUGGAGGCUGGGGGGGGAUGUAGAGAAGAUUAAGGGGUUGGAGGGGGAGGGGUUGUUGGUUGUGUAGUUUGACUGGGGAGUAUGAAGCUAUAA